AUGCAGGAUGAGCUGCUUCUGGGGGUGACACAGCAACAGCCAGGCAGCGAGAGGCUGGGCAGCAGCCCUACAUCAGGACACCCCCCUCUCGGCCACCCCUCCUCUGACUUUAAACCCAGUCUCAGCCCCCAUCAGGAUUUAAACAAGCAGCAACCGCAGCAGCAACAGCCGCCGCCUCCUCAGCUGAGCCAGAAGAGGAAAGAGUUUAAGCAGCAGCAGCUCAGCAGCCCAGCCCAGCUCGGCAGCAGCCACCCCCUGAAUAACCACCACCCCCCAGACUAUCAUCACCACCCCCCUCAGCAGCAGCAGCAGUUCAGCCACCCCACUGACAAGUACCAGCAGCAGGAGCACAGGCAACAGAAGCAGCUCCAGCUCCUCAGCGCUCACCCCCUGGAGCCGCCGCGGACGGGGGACUACCCGCACCACCGGCCCGUCAGCCCCGCCGAGCACAAGGGCGGCGCGGACAGGGGGGGUUCAGAGCGGCUCGCCCCUUCCUGCCCGGGGGGAUCGGUGUCCGCGGACCCCAAUGUGGGGGUGGCCGCCGCCUCCUGCGUGAAUCCGCCUCCGUCUCCUCCUCAUCUGCAGGCGAGAGCCAAGCUGCCCCCCAUGGAGUCCCCCCCGAACAGCCACUUGCUGGGCAGCCCCGGGAACCUACUGCCCGGCGGUCUAGGCUCUGGCUUUAGCAGCCUGCAGAGCCCGGAGAUCCCCAGCCCCCAUCACCAGAGCGGGGGCGGCUCCUCCUCGGCGGCUUCCCCUCCUCCUCCGCCGCUGCCCGGCUUCGGCACCCCCUGGUCGGUGCAGACCUCGUCGCCGCCUCCGCAGCAGACGCAGCAGCCUCCAGUUUCCAGCGGCGGCGGCGGGCAGAUCAGCGCGAUGCCACCCCCGAGCCCGGAAUCGGAGACCAGCUUCUACCCGGGGAUCCCGUCAUCGAUCAACCCCGCUUUCUUCCAGAGCUUCUCGCCGGUGUCUCCUCACAACCCCUGCGCCGGGCCUUUCAGCAGCCCCUUCUCGGCCGCCGCCCCCCCGCCGCCGCCGCAGAUGAAUUUACCUCAGCAGCAGCAGCAGCAACAGCAGAACCGGAGAUCCCCUGUGAGCCCCCAGCUCCAGCACCAACACCAGGCGGCGGCUGCCGCUGCCGCCUUCCUGCAGCAAAGAAACUCCUACAACCACCACCAGCCUCUCCUGAAGCAGUCACCGUGGAGCAAUCAGAGUAGUGGCUGGAGCACAGGAAAUAUAUCCUGGGGAGGAAUGCAUGGCAGAGACCAUCGUAGAACUGGAAACAUGGGAAUUCCAGGAACUAUGAACCAGAUCUCUCCUUUGAAGAAGCCCUUUUCUGGUAAUGUCAUAGCUCCUCCUAAAUUUACUCGCUCCACUCCAUCACUGACACCAAAAUCCUGGAUUGAAGAUAAUGUUUUCCGAACUGACAACAACAGUAAUACUCUGCUUCCUUUGCAGGAUCGAAAUAGAAUGUAUGACAGUCUGAAUAUGCACUCUUUGGAAAACUCCCUUAUUGACAUUAUGAGAGCAGAGCAUGAUCCACUUAAAGGUCGCUUGAGUUAUCCACAUCCAGGGACUGACAAUCUUCUGAUGUUAAAUGCGAGGAGUUAUGGGCGAAGACGAGGCCGUUCUUCCCUCUUCCCAAUAGAUGAUGGUUUGCUGGAUGAUGGUCAUAGUGAUCAAGUUGGAGUCUUGAAUUCACCUACCUGCUAUUCAGCUCACCAGAACGGAGAACGAAUUGAGCGCUUUUCUCGGAAGGUGUUUGUUGGAGGUCUUCCACCAGAUAUUGAUGAAGAUGAAAUUACUGCUAGCUUCAGACGAUUUGGACCUUUGGUAGUAGACUGGCCUCACAAAGCAGAAAGCAAGUCCUAUUUUCCACCAAAAGGUUAUGCAUUCCUCCUGUUCCAAGAAGAGAGUUCUGUUCAGGCCCUGAUUGAUGCCUGCAUUGAAGAAGAUGGAAAGCUCUAUCUGUGUGUUUCCAGUCCUACUAUCAAGGACAAGCCAGUUCAGAUCCGUCCCUGGAAUCUAAGUGAUAGUGACUUCGUGAUGGAUGGUUCCCAGCCACUUGAUCCUCGAAAAACAAUUUUUGUUGGAGGAGUCCCUAGACCAUUAAGAGCUGUGGAGCUGGCUAUGAUCAUGGACCGUCUGUACGGUGGAGUUUGUUACGCGGGAAUCGAUACUGACCCUGAGCUGAAAUACCCAAAAGGUGCUGGACGUGUUGCUUUUUCCAAUCAGCAGAGUUACAUUGCUGCCAUCAGUGCUCGGUUUGUUCAACUUCAGCAUGGCGAUAUUGAUAAACGAGUGGAGGUAAAGCCAUAUGUGUUGGAUGACCAGAUGUGUGACGAAUGCCAGGGUGCACGGUGCGGUGGGAAGUUUGCUCCUUUCUUUUGUGCCAAUGUCACUUGCCUGCAGUAUUACUGUGAGUUUUGUUGGGCAAAUAUCCACUCUCGUGCAGGACGUGAAUUCCAUAAGCCAUUGGUAAAGGAGGGGGCUGACCGCCCACGUCAGAUCCACUUCCGCUGGAAUUAA